AUGACCCAAACAAUUGUCGUCCUAGGCGGCGCCUAUGCUGGCGUAUCAGUGGCACACAGACUUUUCAAAUACACGAAACCUCAAGUAAAGGAUUUGAAAGUUAUCCUUGUUUCUAAGAAUAGCCACUUCUACUGGAAUAUGGCGUCCGUGCGUGCCAUCGUACCGGACCUAUUGAAAGAAGAACAAUACAGUCAGCCCCUCGAGAAGGGAUUCGCCAAGUAUCCGGCCGAUUCCUUCGAGUUCAUCGUCGGUAGCGCUGAGGGCGUUGAUGUAGUUGACAAGACGGUCAAAAUCUCAACUGACAAUGGCACUGAGCGGGUACUUAACUACGAUCAUCUGGUGCUAGCGACGGGUACGCGCGCCGUUGACAACGCGGUCCCGUGGAAGAGCAAUGGCACCCAUGAGCAAAAUGCGGCGAUUAUGACGGAGAUUCAAGGCAAGAUCAAGACCGCGAAGAACAUCGUUGUAGCGGGUGCCGGCGCUACAGGUAUUGAGGCCGCAGCUGAGCUAGCCUUCCAAUACGGCAAGGAGAAGGAGGUUAUUCUACUAUCAGGCGACAGCGAACUCCUAAGUGGCGACUCCCUAGCAUCUAAUGUGGCGUCUGAAUUGAAGAAGCUGGGUGUCCAGGUUCGCAAGUCAGCGCGUGUCGAGACUACGCGCGAAGCUGCCGAUGGCAAGAUCGAGGUUGUUCUGAAGAAUGGCGAGAAGCUCAUCACCGAUGUUUACCUACCCACUAUGGGAAUGGCGCCUAACACAGAGUACCUUCCGGCGGAUUUGUUAACGGACAGGAAGUUUGUAGACAUCAACGAAUUUUACCAGGCUAAGGGUACUAAGGACGUCUGGGCUGCUGGCGACAUUGUGUGGAAGCCUCGUGGUAGCUUUGUGCUUACGGAUAAGCAGGCUGCUGGUGUCGCUAAGAACAUCGAUCUCGCCCUAAAGGGCAAGCCACCCACCGUCGUCAAGACCCUACCGAUGGAUGCCAUGAUGGUAGCGACGGGUCGUAGCCGUGGAGUUGGUCGUUUGGGCUCCGUUAAGGUUUUCUCCUUCAUGGUCUAUAUGAUGAAAGGAAAGACUCUUGGCGUAGAGAGAUUGCCUAGCUACGUCGAUGGUAGCGCCUAUUAA